UGCUAUAAAAGGGGCGGGGCCGCUGCGGGCGGAAGACACGAAGGCGCGAGGGCUGCGCGGGCCUCUGCCGAGCGGUGCGAGGGGUGCGGGCUCUCGUAGCGCUUGCCGCCCUCGCCGCGCUCAGCGCGCUCUGGGCGGUGCGGGUCAUGGCUCCGCCCCUGGCACCCGGCCGGGAGCGUAGGAGCCGGGAGAAUGAGGACCGCUGGGAGACUCGGGGGGACCGCAAGGCCCGGAAGCCUCUGGUGGAGAAGAAGCGGCGCGCGCGGAUCAACGAGAGCCUUCAGGAGCUGCGGCUGCUGCUGGCGGGCGCCGAGGUGCAGGCCAAGCUGGAGAACGCCGAGGUGCUGGAGCUGACGGUGCGGCGUGUGCAGGGCACGCUGCGGGGCCGGGCGCGCGAGCGCGAGCAGCUGCAGGCAGAAGCAAGCGAGCGCUUCGCGGCUGGCUACAUCCAGUGCAUGCACGAGGUGCACACGUUCGUGUCCACGUGCCAGGCCAUCGAUGCCACCGUCGCCGCAGAACUCCUGAACCACCUGCUCGAGUCCAUGCCUCUGCGCGAGGGCAGCAGCUUCAGGGAUCUGCUGGGGGACGCCCUGGCCGGGCCUCCGGGAGCCCCCGGGCGAAGCGGCUGGCCCACCGGAGGGGUCCUGGGGUCCCCUCUGCCUAGCCCCCCAGCCCCCGGGGACGACCUGUGUUCUGACCUGGAGGAGGCCCCAGAGGCUGAACUUACCCGAGCGCCUGCUGAAGGGCCAGACUUGGUGCCAGCAGCCCUGAGUAGCCUGACUGCUUCCCGCAUAGCCCAGAGCGUCUGGAGGCCUUGGUGACUAACCCCAGCCCGAGGUUUGCAAGGGUGGGUAUGGCCAUUACUUGCUCCGUUCCCUCCUCCCUGAGUUCCAGAUGGGAUGGGGCAGGGGCUUGGCUCUCUUCCUCCAGUGGCUGGGUUGCAGAGCAGUCUGGGAUGACCAGCCAGUCAGGCCCCUAGCCCUGUUUCUUAAGGAAGUAUCUCUUAUGGACCCCACAGCCCUGUGGGUGGGUGGAGGGCAGGAGCUACAGGCAGGAGGAAGAAUCUUACAGAACUAAGAGGGUUCUCCAGGGUUCCACUGUCCCAGCCUUCUCAGGUACUGUGUGGAUCUGGGGGCAGAGAUGAGCAGAAUGGUGCUGAAGCCCUUCUCGGAGCUGGGCACUAGUGACGGGACAGAGGGAGACCUCAGACCCUGACAGCCCUGGCCUGAGCAGAAGCUUGAACUUGCCACUUGAGUCAGGACACAGGGGAGGCAGGGGCUUCCUCCACCUGCCAGAGAGAAGCAAAGCUCCCUGGACAUCUUGAGUCUGUGUAUUAGAUAACCAUCAAAUGUUCCAGUUUUAUUAAAUAAAGGAUUUUGGAGAGUUAGUUA